UGGAGUUGAAGAGGCAAACAGAGAGAGAGAGAGAGGGAGAGGUUCUUGAGUGAGAGGCUGAUUCAUUCCACCAACCCCAUUUCGCUCUCAUUGUGUUUUCGAUUGCUGCGAUCUAUUUAGAGCUAGAAGAUGAACCAGCAGAAUCCAGGACCAGGCUCUUCAUCAGGUGCUCCGUUGAAACGAAAACGGGGCCGACCGCGAAAAGAACAAAGUGUAGUUCAGGGGCAGAAUGUGCCUCCAAUGCAGAGAACUAACAAUGUGUUGAGUUCCAACCAAACAAUGGGCACUGUGCCUGCAAUGCCUAGACCUGACUCUGGGUUGUUGAGUUCCAACCAAACAAUGGGCACUACAACUAAUGACUGUGAUGAUGAGAUGGUGGGGAAUGUGGUGACUGGUGUUGUUGAAGCCGCUUUUAAUGCAGGGUAUCUUAUCAAUGUUAAGGUGGAAGGCAGUGAUACUCUUCUCAGAGGCCUUGUGUUUAUACCAGGCAAAGUUAGUCCAGUUACUGCAGAAAAUGAUGUGGCUCCACAUAUCAAUAUGAUCAAAAGGAAAGAGCUCCCAGUUCCAACUCUAAACCCUCAGACUCAGGUACAAGGCUCUUUUCCCGCACCAGUGCAAUGCAGCAAACAAUCUUCUCAGCCAGAAACACAGGUUCCUAUGUCGGUAGAGCAAGUGCUACCAACCGAGGUUCAUUCUGGCGUCUCAGUUCCACCUGAGAAUCAAUCUGCUUCUACUCCGAUACCCAUGGCUGACUUGCCCAAGAAUGGUACUUCUAGUUCCAGUGGAGGUAUUCUUCCAGGAAUAUCAGAGACUGGCCGUGCCGCCAUCAUAUCAGAGCUGGCUUGUGGCAAAACUGUUAAACAAGGUUUUGCAUUGCAUGAACUUGAUGCCUCCAAACAGGUCAAAGAAUCCAGCGCUGAUGGAGGAGCAACUAAAGACUCAGUCUCAGAGCCAGCUUCUCAAACCAUCAACCUGUUUCCAACAAUUGAAAACACUGAUAAGGAGCUCAGAACUGGACAACAGCCUGUGCCUUAUAUGCCUCAGCUGAAUCAGGUGAUUCAUGAAGCACCAAAUGCUUCAAAUAUUGAAUUCAACCUCAUCCCUGUAACUGCUGAACCUAAAUCCAUUCCAUCUGAACAGACUAGUAAACCUGUUGACAACUUUGUGGAGGAGCAGGCCUUGCCCAAAGCAGAUUUACUUGAAGAGACAAAGAAAGAGUGUGCUAUUGACACUUUGAGCAAAGUUGACUCCUCCAUUGGAAAACCAAGUACUGGCAUUGCUGAUAUGGAUGUGGGAUCAAACCUUACACUUGAGACCAGCCAGCCUGAAUCCCUACCAUCUGCACAUGUUGAUCAAUCUGUUCCUUCUGAGUCCACAAAGCUUCCAUCUGAAGGAGGUGACUUUCAGGAGAAGAGUGAUCCCCAGAACUUGAGCUCUCUUGCUGAUGCUAACAAGGUGAAUUCCAAUCAACCUACUGGAUCUCUAGUCAAGACAGUGGACUCUAGAACCCAGACUGGAGCAGACACUUGAAAUCUGAAGAGAGAAAAAUAAAGUUUCAAGUGUGUUUCUUUUAGUAAUAGUUGCCCUUUGAUAUACUUUUGUCAUGUUUUCAGUUUUCGAAUAAUUAUGACUUUUAUUUUCUUACAUGUUCAGUCUGAAUGCUUGGUAAUGAGGAGAAUAUAUGCUGUUGGAUUUUUGGCACAAAUAGAUGAUUUUGAGUGUGUAGGCUGUUUGUUUAAUGUGACUGUCAAGACUCAAGAUAUGAUGAUACAGUUAGCUAACAGUACAAUUAUCAUU